CUUCUCCGUCACGCAUUCUUUCGGAGAAUGUUUCCCAUCAUGACGAUAAUGGAGUUCGACGAGUAUUUGACUGAAUUAGUUCGUUCUCAUUCAGAGCUAUAUAAUAUGACUGAUAGGAGAUAUAGUGAUUGCGUUUGGAAAGAAACACUGUGGAAGGAAAUUGGAGAAGAGGUGCGGCGUCCAGGCCCUGAAUGCAAGCGACGAUGGGUGUCACUGAGAGACCAAUUUAGAAAAUGUGUUAUUAAAAAAACAAAGAGUGGACAAGGUGCCAUACCGAAGAAGCCAUGGAAGUAUGAGGAGAUUAUGGCUUUCCUGCGCCCAUACAUGCUGGAGCGGGAAACAGUUUCUAACAUAACCGUUGAUAUUUGUUCAGAGGAUGAAUCAAACAGUGAGGUGUCGUCACCUAUUCCGGACAUUGAAAAUAACAGUGAUUUGAAGUCAGUGACAAGCAGGCCUGUCAUGCAAAAGCAUAGUCAAAGUGGCAAUAAGAGGAGAACCACAGACUCUGCAUCUGCUUCUCUGAUGAAUUAUAUUCUAGCGGCACAGAUAAAGGAAGAUCACAUUGACAGUUUUAUUUCAGGGAUAUGUGCCAGUAUAAAAAGAUUGUCCCCAUUGCGGCAAAUACAAGCUAAAGACGAAAUUUACAGAAUAGUGUCUGAUCUAGAAAGGGAUCAAGUGUGUGAAAUUAUUAACAGUGAUACAUCGUUAACAGUGCUGUUCAUUACACAGUUUGGAAGCACUUCUAUGUAUAAGUUGAUUAAAUAA